GAGAAGCUCCUCCUGGGUUCAGACCAUGGCUGUCCUGUUACUGGUGCUGCUACUGUGCCUCCCCAUCUUUCUCCUGGGACUCCUUGUCUGGACCAUCUGUAAGCAUUUCCUCACCACAGAUGUCCCCUCUACCUUGGAACAUCCUGUCAAGUUCAGAAUUCUGGAUUGCGUGUUUAUAUAUGUGAUCACUUUGGGGAUUGUACUAGAGAAGUUGAAGAUUUGCUCCAUGCCCACCUUUGCUCGCUUUGUACAAGACAGAAUGUUCAGAAAGAAGAAGGACCCUAAAGUGGUAGUGACUGACCUUCGCUAUGGGACAAUCUCUGUGAGGCUCUUCCAGCCCAAGGCAACAUCCAGUUGCUCCCAGGGAGGCAUCAUAUUCUACCAUGGAGGAGCUGGGAUAAUAGGCAGCCUAGGUACCGAAAGCUUCCUGGCCACCAUUACCCUGACAUUACCAUGGACUGUCUACACACCACCAUUCACUUCCUGAAGAGACUGAAAACCUAUGGUGUCGACCCUUGCCGGGUUGUGGUCUGUGGGGAAAGCCUUGGAGGAGGAGUUGUGGCCCAGGUCACUCAAGCCUUAGUGGGAUGCACAGAUCUUCCCAAGAUCCGGGCUCAGAUCCUGAUUUAUCCAGUUGUCCAGUGCAUCAAUUUCCAGUUGCCAUCCACUCAACAGAAGCAAAAUAUUCCAUUCCUCACCCGAGACUUUAUGAUGCUGUGCAUUUGUAAAUAUAUGGCCAUUGACCUCUCUUGGAAAGAUGCCAUACUGGAUGGUGCUUAUAUCCCCCCAGAAACCUGGAUGAAGUACAGGAAAUGGCUGAGUGCUGACAACAUCCCCAUGAGAUUUAAGAACAAAUACCAGGAACCCCAGUUUCCUGGGCCUUUUAAUGAGGCUGCCUAUCUGGAAACCAAACAUCUGUUAGAUGUGGAAAAUUCUCCCCUCUUAGCUGAUGAUGAAACCAUUGCUCAACUCCCUGAAGCCUUCCUGGUGAGCUGUGAGAAUGACAUCCUCCGUGACCACACCUUGCUCUACAAGAAACGCUUGGAAGAUCAGGGAGUACCAGUGAUUUGGUACCAUGUGGAGGAUGGUUUUCAUGGAUGCAUAACUUUAUUUGAUAGGCAGUCUUUCUCUUUCUCAUGCUCCCUGAAAAUUGUAAAUGCUGUAGUCAGUUACAUAAAAGGCUUAUGAAAGUAACACUGGGAGCUUGAGUAAAGUGUGGUCAGGAUACUUCUGCAGCAGCUAGGGAUUCUGCUGAGUUCUACUUUAUUUCAGGAAAAGAUGCUAAUCUAUUAUGACCCAGUUAAGGAGGAUAAGAUGGAGUGAAGACCUUUUAGACUUUAUUUUCAAGAAAAUACAACUGUGUUUCCUUCCUAUACUACCAGUGUUCAGUCUUGCAUUUAACAACGUUCUCUAACAUUUAGAAAUAAAUAUCAAGGGAGGAGAAAAUGGUUUUAAAAUUUUCUUGGCACCUUAAACCAUAAAGUCUCUGCAGAAUUAAUGCCAAAAA